AUGCUUCCAGAAUCCCUCUUGUCUGUUGCCAACAAGGAUGUUUGGAGACAUGCCCUCGACCGCGAUGGCCAAGUGAAGCUCUUUGAGGCUGAGGAGAUGAGUUCAUGGGCCACUUUUGGUGCAGUCUUCAUCUGUCUAAUUAUGUUCGACAACUUCUUCCUGAACCGGAACCCAGAGGAGCUCACCAUUGGCCGUGCGCUUCGCUACACCAUGUUCUGGAUUUCCACAGCAUUUGCAUUCUGUGGAUGGAUUUGGUACACUCACGGAAGAAGUGGCGCUUUUAUGUGGAUGAGCGGCUACAUGCUGGAAUGGCUCCUGUCAUUCGACAACCUCUUUGUCUUUCACCUCAUUUUCAACCUCUACGGCACGCCAGAUCACCUGAAACACCGCCCCCUCUACCUUGGGAUUUGCGGAGCCGUGCUGUUUCGCUUGCUCUUCAUCUUCGUGGGAGAGUACAUGAUGCAUGCGAUGCUCUUCAUGCACUUUGUCUUUGGCACCUUCCUGGUGUACACCGGAAUCAAAACACUGACAGCCGACGAGGAGGAUGAGGAUCCUUCUCAAAAUCCCAUGGUGAAGUGGCUGCAAGAGAAGGUUCCUUUCGUGAACGUCUAUGACAACAGUGGAGCGUUCUUCGUUCGCGUCCCAGCAGCGGGUGAGGAAGCGCAGCAGUGGAAUGCUCCAAAGGACGCAGAGGCAGCGAAGCUGUCGGAAGGAAACGAGGAGGCUACUUAUGGUACGGUCGACUUCUCUUCCUACAAGUCUUGGCCUGAAGAACCUCAGAUCCGCUCCGCCCAGUCAGAUCCCUUCCGGGAGCCCCUCACGGCAAGCCCCGGCGUUGUGAGCCCCACGCUGGUGGUGACCGUUCCCACCAUUCCCACCGUGGCCAGCCCGGCCGUCACGACCCGCUCCACGUUGCCGACAGCCACACGGCCGUGUCCAGGGUGUGGUCUCAUCCCAGUGGCGAACAGCGUCUACUGCGCACGGUGCGGCCACCAUUUGUCCCAGACCAGCACCGAUGGAGUGAAGAUCAGAUCCCUGGAGGCCGAGGUGGAAUCCUUGCGCUCGCUGCAUCUGGAGGAGGUGACCUCCUUGAAGACGAUGCUGGAGAGAGAGCGGCAGGAAAAGGAAGGUCUAAAGCUGGACCUGGAAGCGCGCCGCGUGCAGGAUGUGGGCGACCAGUCCUUGGAUCAGUCGUUGCAACAGCAAAGGUCUUUGCAAACGACCGUCUCGAGUCAGGAAUUGUCGCUUAAACAUAUAUCCCACCAGGUGGAAGACUUGACCACAAAGCUUGCUGUGAGCAAGAGAGAGAAUGAGCUGAUGAGGGUGGACCUGGAGAAGCAAGCAGCAGAUCUGUCCGUUGCGAUCCGACGAAAGCUGCAGCUUGAGUCAGAGGUGAGCAAGAGAGAAACCGAGCUGGUGAGGGAAGGCUCCGAGAAGCAAAGCGCAGAACUGGCUGCCGCUUUUCGACGUAUUGCUGAACUGGAGAACAUCAAGGAGCAUCAAGACCACGCAGAUGGUUACGAAAGACGCGUUCAACUGCUUCAGUCAGGCUACGAGAGUCGCGUGCGAGAGCUUGAAGCUGAAAAAGCGGAGUGCGAACGACGCAUUGAAGAGCUUCAGUCGGACUGCAAGCGGGUUCAAGAAGAGGCGGCGAAGCAGCGUUCUGCCGCCAAACAGCGGGAGCAGCUGCUGCGCGGGAGGUGCAAGCUGCUGCAGGCUUCUUGUUUCCGUCUUUGGUGGUGCUUGGGACCGAGAUUUUUCGAGUUAAGUGGAAAAUCUGGACGCGUGAGAUAUAGAAGCUGCAACAUCUCAUCCACGUCAAUCCAUCCCUUGGGCACACAAAUGGAUAGAACAGGUGAAAUGGCAACAGUAUUAAAUAGAAUGGUUUGA